UUCCUAGAGCGAGRCAAGAGGAACCAGCGGGGGAAAGCCGCGGAGUCGCCUGCCACCGAGCAGGAAAAACUUGWCUUAGAGACAAGAGGAGCGGCUGGGAAGAGAGCUGMGGAGACGGAGCCUGGUGGCAGAGAGGCAGAGGGAGCUGCUGAAGGUCCGGACAGGAAGACUGACACCUGAAAUCGAGGUAUGCUUGUGUCUCCACAGAUACCGGACCCCACUGGGUGCCAGCACGGUGUGUGAAACCUGAUUUGAAGGAGAACCAAUGCAGAAACGACAAUGGCACAAGACAGAGUUCUUUCGACCUCUUCAUCACCACCUCCAUGACCGCCUGGACUUGUAGUGGGGAGGGAACGGCACUGAUGCCCUCACUGCCCAAAGGGAAUAUUUGGGUGACUCUAGCUCAUGCUUUGAACCAAUCAUCUAUGUGUGUGUCGCUUGCUACGCCUCACUMUCCUUUCCAGACAUGUUUGGUGGRGGUGYCAUUGCAAAAUGAGACAUUAAUAGAGGCACUAUCGAAUGGAACAACGGGAUGAGGGAGAACAAGGUUGACACCAACCUAUCCUAAUGAACCACAGGAACUAGAUUUACUGGAUUCUCUUCAUGCACUUGCUUGUGUGACCUUUAAUGUAUCCCGUGCUUGGAUGGGGGGGACGCUGUGAUGGCACCAAACUGAAUGUUUUGCCUUUGCAAGCUUGGUAUGGUAAUUUUUCCACCUGGUGCAAAAAGAGCGUGGGUGUGGGGUUUCAGAACAACCUCAUGCCACGACGGCUGCCCCCCGGAGUCUUUCUGAUAUGCGGAGAUAGGGCAUGGGCRGGCCUCCCCUCCRACAUGGUGAGAGGGUCUUGCACUUUUGGGCAAUUAACAAUAAUGUUCCCUAAUAUCACAUUGGCUCCCAACAUCACACAGCCAUUGCACUGGCAGCACAGAGCACUCCUAGGGCUCAAACCAGAUUGUGUGCAUGACCUGGAAUUUUGGGGUUUUGGCUCGCAGGUGAUGGCUUCUCUUUUUGCUCCAGUGGGUACAGCAAAAUCUUUGAGGCAUCUUGAUAAGAUGGGCUGCUGGCUUGCUAAGCAUACUAAUGCCACUUCAGCAGCUAUAGCAGGGUUACUAACUGAUGUUAACUCUGUACGUCAUGCUACCUUGUGGAAUCGAGCAGCUAUUGAUUUUUUGCUUUUAGCACAUGGGCAUGGAUGUCAGGAUUUUGAAGGUCUGUGUUGCAUGAACUUAUCAGACCAUUUGAAAUCACUUUCUGGAAACAUACAGGAAUUACAGGAAGGCGUGAGGAUGCUACAAAAGAGUGAUAGCUGGAUUGAUGGGCUGUUCGAAAACUGGGGUUUCUCAGGGUGGCUCAGGGAUACGCUGAAGGCAGUUAGAGUAAUCUUGCUUGUGAUAGUGCUAAUGUUGUUGUUGGUGCCGUGUUUGCUGUGUUUUCUGCAAAGGGCUCUGCAGAGGACCAUGAACGCAUUUCUGGUUCAAAAACAAAAAAAAGGGGACCUCUGGAGGCCAAAAGCCGGCGUUACAGCCUUGCACGUCCUAAAGCUGAAAUUCAACCGAUAAUGGURUAUGCCUGAGAUCUGGGAAGACAGAAGGGAGUCUGAAAGCCUGCAUGGAGGAGGAUUUUACCAUAACAACGCAACCUUGGCUACCUCUGGGAAAGGGAGAAUGGAAUGUUGAAAGAGGUAAAGCAGAUGCCCAGGACAGAAGCAAAAAUCAUAAAUAUUAACGACAUUGCAGCUUUUGCGAACACACCAAUCAUAGGCUGACAAGUAGRAAAGCGGCUGCCAACUAGCCAAUAGAUAUUUGCCAUAAAUGCAGAAGACUUAGUAUACACUUGUUGCUAAAUAGAUAAAAGGGGCUCAGCCCCGUAAUAAA